GAAGAGAGCCCAAGGGUCAUCUAGUCCAACCCCCUGCAAUACAGGAAUCUCAACUAGGUCAUCCAUGACAGAUGACCAACAACCUCUACUUUAAAACCUCCAAUGAAGGAGACCACCAUCUCCCGAGGGAGUCUAUUCCACUGUUGAACAGCACUUAGUGUCAAAAAGUUAUUUCUGAUAUUGAUCGGAAUCUCCUUUUUUUUGUAACUUGAAUCCAUUGGUUCGGGUGUCAUGCUACUUAUUUGGCAGUAAGUUCCAUUGAACAGAGAACGUUUGAGUAAACAGGUAUAGGACUGGGCUGUAGGGAGGAAAACCUGAAGAGUAACAGAAGUGCAAAGAAGUAGUACAGUGGAACCUCAGGUUACAGACGCUUCAGGUUACAAACUCUGUUAACCCAGAAAUAGUACCUUGGGUUAAGAGCUUUGCUUCAGGAUGAGAACAGAAAUCGUGUGGUGGCGGCGGGAGGCCCCAUUAGCUAAAGUGGUACCUCAGGUGAAGAACAGUUUCAGGUUAAGAAUGGACCUCCAGAACGAAUUAAGUUCUUAACUUGAGGUACCACUGUACUUGGCUGGAGGACAGCAGAGCUAUCAUUUGUUGCACAUUUCCUUAGGAAUAAAUUCCACUGAAGACUGCAUGCCUAGGUUUUCUUAAUUUUAGUUAUGUUCCCACCUUUUGCUGUACCUGUCUAAAAGGCAACAUUUGGCCCUCCAGAUGUUGCUGAACUGCAGCUCGCCAUUCUCCCUUGCCAUUGGCAAUUCUUGCUGUAGCUGAUGGGAGUCAUAGUUGAGCAAUAUCUGGGGGAAGAAAUAUGUCUCCCUCCAUCUGAAGUGUGUUAUGGCAAGUUAUCUCCAACCUUUUCUGACUCUGGACUCACUUUUCAUCCAAACAAACCUGAGGAGAGGACUCAUUUUUUUAACCACUUAUCAUAUAUCUGCAUGGUGGUACUGCUGCUGUUGUGACCCAGUUUGGAUCAGGCCAUGAGCACCAGUUGAAAAUCAGUGUAUUAUGGGGCCUGCUAUACUAGCUCGAUGAAGGUACUUGUGUACAGAGGCCGUGAAAAAUAAAUUCCAUGCUAGGGAUCAUUGGGAAAGGAGCUGAAAAUAAAACUGCCAGAAUCACAAUGCUGUUAUAUAAAUCUAUGGUGUGAUCACAUUUGGAGAACUGUGCAUGGUUCUGGUGACCUCGUCUCAAAAAUAUUGUAGAGUUGAAAAAGAGGCAGAAACUGAAAAUGAAAUUGCUGGACUGUGGAAAACAUCAGGGAAAAAUAUUUCAUACAGAACUAAGGCAAAAGUUGAACAGACCAGUGGUUGUGAAAGUAAAUGAAAAUUAUGUGAAGGAAUAACAUUGGAAUGGCUUAUUGAUUAAGAAAUGCAAUAUUAGAUGAUCAACAUUUUGCGAAAUUCAGAGCAUGGGAAGUCACCCAAAGAUAUAAAAUUUGGCAUUUAUAUUUGGCUUUUUAUUGUAUUGCAAUUUGGAAUGUUUUAAUGUGCUUCAUUGGAUUAUUAAAUUGGAAAACUUAAUAAAUAUUAUAUUAUUAAAAACAACAGAAAAGGGGCACCAAAAUUAUCAAGGUUAUGGAGUGACUCCCCUAAUGAAAGGUUGCACCAUUUGUGGCUUUUUAGUUUAGAGAAUAGGCAAGUAAGAAGUGACAUGAUAGAAAUGUAUAAAUCGUUCGUUCUCAAAUGGUGUGGUGUGUCACACUAGUGUUGGAGGAGAGGAUGGCAGUGGUGGGAAAAUACAGGUGAGUAUCUUUUCAAAAUGAGAAGAAUAUCACCAGGUGAUACUGAGGACAAUCCCAGUUGUUUUUCAAUGCAUUUCCCCCCCUGAAAAUGCAGCCUGCAAAGUCAAGAAAGUCAAGACUAUGGAACUCCCUCCCACAAGGAUGGCCAAGUUCACGGAGGAGAGGGCUACCGAGGGCUACUAGCCAUAAUGCAUAUACUGUAUGCUCUGCCUCCACAGGCAGCAACUCUUCUAAACACCAGUUGCCAAAUGCUGCAGGGGGGGGAGGGUGCUCUUAGGCUCAUGCUCUGCUCCCUGGUUUUCUGGCUGUGCCCUCUUUCAGAGCAGGAUGCUAGACUACCUGGGUCAUAGUUCUGAUCCAGCAGGGCACUUCUUUUUAUAUUUUUAAUAAGCACAUUUUAGCAGCGCAGUCCUACGCCUGUCUGCUCAGAAGCCAGUCCCACGAUUCGAAGUUCAGCGAGGAUUGCUGGAGGUAGGAUACACAAGGACCACUAAGCAGUGACCCCCGCAGAGCUCAGCAGGGCGGGACUUCCGAGUAAACACGGCAGGUGGGGGCGGAGCAUAGCUAAGACCCUCAUUCAUUCAAUAGAGAGAGACAGACAGGCGAGCUCAAAAGCCCGCCCACCAUUUCCAGAGCAUGCGCAGAACGGGCCCUGAAAAUCUCACCAGCUGCCGCGGGCGCGCGCAUCCGUUGCCAUGGCAUGCGGCAAGGGCGGGCGCCGAGGUGCACGUGACUCGCUACGGAGGCCGAGAGGGCGGCGUGGCAGUCGGCAUCGGCGGGACCAGUAAGCUGGGCGGUUGUUUGGGUUGGCGGGAGAUUCCUGCAGCAUGGCGUCCGACUUCAACGCGGCCUUGGCGGUCUCUGUGGACAUCGCCGUCGGCGGCUCCCCCUCGACUUCGGCGCGCGAAGCGUGCUGGCCGGACGGGCCGAACAACGAGAGCAGCUUCGUGCGCGCCAUCCUGGCGCUCCCCGAGAAGCCGGACACCACGGUGCGCUUCUUCGAGCGCGGCGACUACUACACGGUGCAUGGAAGGGACGCGCUGCUGGCCGCGGCCGACGUUUUCAAGACGCGGUCGGUCAUUCGAGUGCUGGCGCAAGGAAACCGGAAACUUGAAAGUGUUGCGCUUAGCAAGAUGAACUUUGAAUCCUUUUUGAGGAAUCUGCUUUUGAUUCGUCGCUACAGGGCUGAGGUGUAUAAGAAUAAGGCGGGAAAUAAAUCCACCAAGGAGGGAGAGUGGUAUUUGGCAUAUAAGGGCUCUCCAGGGAACCUUGCCAAUUUUGAAGAUGUUCUGUUUUCUAACCACGAUAUGUCAUCUUCUGUUGGUGUUGUGGGCAUUCGGAUAUCCUCAGCUGAAGGGCAAAAACUUGUUGGAGUUGCGUUUGUGGAUACUUUAAUGAGGAAGCUGGAAGUGUGUGAGUUUCCAGAUAAUGACCAGUUUUCAAACCUUGAAGCUCUGCUAGUUCAGAUGGGCCCCAAGGAAUGUAUUCUACCUAUUGGAGAGGCUGCUGGAGAGAUGGAAAAGCUGAAACAGGUUGUUCAGAGAGGAGGGAUUCUGAUUACAGAGAGGAAAAAGACCGAGUUUGUAACAAAGGACAUUGUUCAAGAUCUCAAUCGCUUGCUGAGAACGAAAGGGAAAGAGAAGGUGUCUAGUGCAACAUUACCCGAAAUGGACCUAAAGAUCGCCACCUCUUCCUUGGCUGCAGUGAUUAAGUAUUUAGAACUCUUAACUGACGUGUGUAAUUUUGGGCAAUUCGAACUCUCCACCCUGAACCUCAAUCAAUAUGUCACACUGGACCAUUCCGCUGUCAGGGCACUUAACCUUUUCCAGCGUUCUUCAGAAAAUGCUCAAGCUACGCACUGUUUGGCUGGCCUGUUAAAUAAGUGCAGAACGGCCCAAGGACAGAGGUUGGUGAACCAGUGGAUCAAACAGCCCCUAGUGGACAAGAACAAAAUAGAGGAAAGGCUAAACUUGGUGGAGGCCUUUGUGGAAGACGCAGAGCUGAGGCAGUCUCUUCAAGAAGAAGUGCUCCGUCGCUUUCCGGACUUCAACCGGAUAGCGAAAAAAUUCCCCAAGAAAGCCACACUCCAGGACUGUUACAAAAUAUACCAGGCUGUUAAUCAGAUACCGAAUGUGAUAGAAGCACUGGACAAAGUUGACGAAAACAGCAAAACAUUAGUACAAGCAGUGUUCACAGGACCUCUGAAGGAGCUGUUGUCUGACUUCUCCAAUUUCCAAAAUAUGAUUGAUGAAACGUUGGACAUGAACACGGUGGAGAGCCACGAAUACCUCUUGAAACCCUCCAUUGAGCCGAGCCUCACUGAGCUGAGAGAGAAUAUGGAUAAGCUAGAGGAAAAAAUGCAGGGUGUGCUGAAGGCGGCUGCAAAGGAGCUAAGUCUGGAAGCCGGCAAGAGCAUCAAAUUAGAAUGCAACUCCCAGUUUGGGCAUUUUUUCCGAGUCACCUACAGGGAAGAGAAGGUUCUGCGAAACAACCUGAAGUAUAAGGUCUUGGAAACCCAGAAGAACGGGGUGAAGUUCUCUAACGUUCAACUGAAAAGCAUUAAUGAAGAAUACAUAAAUAUCAGAAAAGAGUAUGAAAAAAGCCAGGACAUCGUUGUUAAGGAAAUCAUCAGCGUUGCCGCAGGGUAUAAGGAGCCCAUACAGUUCCUGAGUGAUGUCAUAGCCCACCUGGAUGCUAUUGUCAGUUUUGCUCAUGCGUCAAAUGCAGCGCCGACCCCAUACGUACGCCCAACAAUUCUGGAAAAGGGGGCAGGGAGGAUUGUGCUGAAAGCCUCAAGACACCCCUGCAUUGAAGUUCAAGAUGACGUUUCCUUCAUCCCGAACGAUGUGACCUUUGAGAAGGACAAGCAGAUGUUCCAUAUCAUUACCGGACCAAACAUGGGAGGGAAAUCCACCUACAUCCGCCAGACAGGGAUGGUUGUUCUCAUGGCCCAGAUUGGCUGUUUUGUGCCAUGUGACUCUGCAGAGAUAAGCAUUGUCGAUUGCAUCCUGGCUCGGGUAGGAGCUGGAGACAGCCAGCUGAAAGGCGUGUCUACCUUCAUGGCGGAAAUGUUGGAGACGUCUGCCAUCCUUAGGAUUGCAACAGAUAACUCAUUGGUGAUCAUUGACGAGCUUGGGAGAGGAACAUCUACCUAUGAUGGAUUUGGAUUGGCCUGGGCAAUCUCGGAAUAUAUUGCCAGCAAAAUUGGAGCGUUUUGUAUGUUUGCCACUCAUUUUCAUGAACUGACCGCACUUGCUGAUGAGAUUCCCACCGUGAAUAACUUGCACGUCACAGCGCUAACAACAGAGGACACACUGACAAUGCUCUAUCGUGUGAAAAAUGGGGCUUGCGACCAGAGCUUUGGCAUCCACGUCGCAGAGCUAGCUGCUUUUCCCAAGCAUGUGAUAGAGAAUGCCAAGGCAAAGGCCUUGGAGUUGGGGGAGUUCCAGACUUUUGGAAAUCCACAGGCCGAGGAGGAAGAGCCACCAGCCAGGAACUCCUACAAAGAGAAGCAGGAAGGUGAAAAAUUAAUCAAGGAUUUCCUUUCUAAUGUGAAAGCAUUGCCAUUGGCAGACAUGUCUGAGGAGGACAUCAGAACCAAACUGAAGCAGCUGAAAGAUGAAGUCGCGGCAAAAAACAACAGCUAUGUGAACGAAAUCCUUUCCCAAACAAAGUAGUUGCGUGACAUGAGAAAAUCUAAACAAGGAGUCAUUUGAACUCAAGUUGGAAGUGCAGAGUUGCACUCAGACAUAGGCCAUUGCCAAAGGGGGUGAUGCCACAUCCUGUUUCUCACAAUGGCAGGUGCCAUGUUAAAUAGUGGAGACCAGAACAAAAUGCUAUUUCCCAGCAAGGACUAACUUGCAUGUUAUUGUUUUGUUUUCUCCUAUGACGGGUGGUGGAUAUGUUGAAAAUUUUCUAUGGUAUUCCAAUUUUGAAAUGGUUGCCCUUAAAUAAAUGCAGUGCAUCAUGGU